AUGUCACUGAUGCUAAAAUUAUUAAGUACAGAAGUUUUGUUAAAGUCUUACGCUGAUGCCAUAAAAUUUGUGCCUGCCUGUGGAGCCUCAAAGAAAGCAGGGUCAUCAACAAAGAAUAAAAAACACAACACACCUGGCAAAAGUAGGGGGUGGAAGAAAUAUGAUGGGGACUACGUGGAAACUGGGAUGAUUCUUUUCAGGCAAUUAGGGUUGAAAGUCUAUCCUGGGGAAAAUGUUGGUUGCGGAAGAGACUUCACAUUGUAUUCAUUGUGUCCUGGUCAUGUGUUCAUAUCCAAAGAAACCCUCUCACCUUAUUCAACGAGUCCACUGUAUAAUGCCGUUAAGGCAGGAAGAAUAUUUGAGAAAUAUUUCUUCCACGUGGUUCCUGAUAAGAAACAAUCCCAAACAUUUAAUUUGGUGUCUUAUACAUGA